CGGCCUCGGCCAAUUCUAGCCCGGACUCCAGCGGGGAGAGAAGCCGGGCCAGUCCCGGGCCGGAGGAUCCGCCCUCCAGCCAUGGCGACCAAGGCUCGGGUAAUGUAUAAUUUUGAUGCUGAACCUGGAAAUAAUGAAUUGACGGUUAUUGAAGGGGAGAUCAUCACAAUUACAAAUCCGGAUGUAGGUGGAGGAUGGCUAGAAGGAAAAAAUAACAAAGGAGAACGAGGGCUUGUUCCCACUGACUACGUUGAAAUUUUGACUAAUGGUGGGAAAGAUCAGUUUUCUUGUGGAAAUUCAGUAGCUGACCAAGCCUUCCUGGAUUCUCUCUCAAGUGCAGUUCAAGGCAACUCCUCGACGGCCAACAGUAAUAACCAGGGGGAUAUUUUGGCUCAGAUUGGCUACAUCGAAAGCCUCAACCAGUCGCCACUUUCAUCUUCUACUCCUUCUCCUUCUUCUAUAAAUGAGGUGAAUAGUGCUAAUGACGCUUGGUCCAAUUGGAAUGCUGGUAAAUCUGGGAACUGGGAAAGCACAGAUGGCUGGGGAACUAAACCAGAAGGUGCCUCCGCUCAGAAAAACACUUCCAACAACUGGGACGCCGCCUUUGGUCAUCCACAGGCCUACCACGGACCAGCUGCUGCCGGGGAUGAUGAUGACUGGGAUGAAGACUGGGACGACCCCAAAUCGUCACCUCCUACUUAUUUUAAGGACGUGGAGACUUCUGAGACCGGAGGGGCCCAUCGAGGCAACGCUCGUGCUGGUGGGGCUUCCAUGAAGAUUCCACUUAACAAAUUUCCUGGAUUUGCAAAACCUGGAAUGGAACAGUACUUAUUGGCAAAGCAGCUAGCAAAACCCAAAGAGAAAAUUUCCAUCAUUGUUGGAGAUUAUGGUCCAAUGUGGGUUUAUCCCACAUCCACCUUUGACUGUGUUGUAGCAGAUCCCAGAAAAGGCUCCAAGAUGUAUGGUCUGAAGAGUUACAUUGAGUAUCAGUUGACAGCCACUAACACUAAUCGAUCUGUCAACCACAGGUAUAAGCACUUUGACUGGCUCUAUGAGCGUCUUCUGGUUAAGUUUGGGUCAGCCAUUCCAAUCCCUUCCCUCCCAGACAAGCAAGUUACAGGUCGUUUUGAAGAAGAGUUUAUAAAGAUGCGAAUGGAAAGACUUCAGGCAUGGAUGACUAGAAUGUGCCGUCAUCCUGUCAUCUCUGAAAGCGAAGUUUUCCAGCAGUUCUUGAAUUUCCGGGAUGAAAAGGAAUGGAAAACAGGAAAGAGGAAGGCUGAAAAAGAUGAGCUGGUGGGUGUUAUGAUAUUUUCAACCAUGGAGCCAGAAGCCCCAGACCUGGACUUGAUAGAAAUAGAACAGAAAUGCGAGGCUGUUGGUAAGUUCACCAAAGCCAUGGAUGAUGGUGUGAAGGAGCUGCUGACGGUGGGACAAGAGCAUUGGAAGCGGUGUACAGGACCAUUGCCCAAGGAAUACCAGAAGAUAGGAAAAGCCUUGCAGUGUUUAGCAACUGUCUUCAGUUCUAGCGGCUACCAAGGUGAAACAGAUCUCAAUGAUGCAAUAACAGAAGCAGGGAAAACUUAUGAAGAAAUUGCUAAUCUUGUGGCAGAGCAGCCAAAGAAAGAUCUCCAUUUCCUGAUGGAAUGUAAUCAUGAAUACAAAGGAUUCCUUGGCUGUUUCCCUGACAUCAUUGGUGCUCACAAGGGAGCAAUAGAAAAGGUGAAAGAAAGUGAUAAAUUGGUUGCAACCAGUAAAAUCACCCCCCAGGACAAACAAAACAUGGUGAAGCGUGUAGGCAUAAUGUCUUACGCACUACAAGCGGAGAUGAAUCACUUUCACAGUAACCGGAUAUAUGACUAUAACAGUGUCAUCCGCCUGUAUCUGGAGCAGCAGGUACAGUUUUAUGAAACGAUUGCAGAAAAGCUGAGGCAGGCCCUCAGCCGCUUUCCAGUGAUGUAGACCAGAAUAAAGAGGGACAGGAAGAAAACUCCGAAGUGCUUCUUUCUGACUUGGGGCAAUGCAAUUUAAAGUUUGUUUUCUGUUCUUUUUCUUCCUUCACCAUCCAAAAAAAAAUCUGAAAAAAUAACUGGGAUGAGAGAAAAAAAAAAAGAACCCACAAAAUUAAGAUGUUUACUUUAUUAACCAGCCUAUAAAUGUAUCAUUUAUUCAAAGGUGUCCCCUUUUUUUUAGUUCAUUUUUCAUAUCCAUUAUUUAAAAAACAAAAAUUCUUCUCUAUUUUUGGAAAGUACUUAAGAUUUCUGGGAUUUGUUGAUGAAAAAUUAGUUUUUCCCAUUGAUUUUUAUAUAGAUUCCUAAUCUCUAAGUCACAUAAAAUCUUCUAGUUCUUACCCAAUGUCAGAUAAUUACUAAUUUCUUUAAAAACAUGAAAUAUGCAGAAUAAAAAAUAUAUAUGUUUGUAUAUUUUUAUAACUCUACAGUCUUUGGGGGGAUUCCUGUCUACUAUUUAGUAAACUCCACAUACAUUUCAUUUACAAGUUUGAAACACAACUGCUUUCAUUUGGAGGGGGGGAAGGGGCAGGAGGGAGGUGAAAAUGGAGCCUCUGGGAUUUUUAGGUCUCUGUCACGUUCUAAAGGCAUUUCACUAUUUGCCUCUUUAAAAGGAUCUGAACUUCACAAAACAAGCUACAAAAUGCACACUUAGAUCCCUUUCCCCACUUCUGUGUCCUCACCUAUCCACUGUCUUCAAAGUAAUUACUGCUUUGCUUAGUCCUCAUUUCUCAUUUCAGAUUGGAGUCACAGAUAGUAGUAAUAAGCGCUAGAAAUUAUUCCUCAGGAGCAUCAUUGAACAUCCCUUACUCCUGGUUUUCUCCUUCACUGAUGAGGCAGCCUGAUGAUAGUAGAUAUACUAGGUAUAGAGAGUCUUUGGGGGGAAAGGAGUAAACCACAUAUUCCCAUCAGAUGUUGCCCCCUUUUAUUCCUUUUGUUUAACCCUCACCCAGAUAUUACAAAAUGCUGGUAGUGGUAUAACCCCCACCAGGUUUAGAAUCUUUAUGUUGGAACAUAGUGCCCCCCAGGAGGGUGAGGAGAGAUGAAAAAGCACAGUUCAGUCACUUCACAGCAAAAGGAAAAGGACCCUCCACUAUCCUAUCUACCUCCCUCUCCCACUUCCCCUGCCACUGCAGGGGAAAAGCAUGGAGACUGCCUUUCAGGUGAUCGAUACCCUGUGAUGCCUGAAUGAUGGCCAGGAAUUCUCGGUCCUUUUGUCUUCAGAGCAGGGGAGAGGACACUGUUUUUCCCCUGGUUGUGUCCUGUGCCCAGCCUUAUCUCAGGCAGAAUUGCUCUGACUGCCUAUACUUCAAUUACUGCCGAAUAUUGCCUUGACAAAUCAAGUGAACUUAACCCUGAGGCUGACACAUCAGGACAUAACUUAUUAGCUCUGGUGGCUCUCUUACUCCACUGUCAUACAUUGCUUUCAUUUUUCUAUAUUAAUGGUUAGAGAGAAGGAAGAUUAGAGACCAGCCUAAGAUAAAACCAAAAAUAAAUCAAUAAAAUGAGGGUGAGUAUGUGAGAACAUCUUACACUCCAGUGUCAGGGGUUUUUGUUAAUAUUUUAUAAAUAAUUUUCCCCCAAGUUUUCCUUUUAUAAAAUUCCAUAGAGCCAUGUUUAUGAUACAGCCAUUUAAUAUAUGUACAAAUUGUAAAGAAUGUGUAUAAAUAUUUUACACGAAAUGCAUGUAGAAGCAACUUAUAAAAUAAAUUGUUAAAACUGUACAGUAAA